AUGUCAGCAAACGUCAACAAGCCAACCGACUUGAAGCAGAAGGAGGCGGAUGUCAACCGCAAGCUCCAGCUCUAUGGCAUCAUCUCCGCUUUCCAGGCUGGCAAGGUCCCCUCGAAUGACCAAAUCGACGUCGCCCUAAACAGUUUCCUGGCCUCCAAGGCAUUGUCGAACCCCCCCGAGAAGCUCUCUGCCGAGGGUAAGGCGCUGAUCGCUGAUGUGCGUGAGGUUGUCACACAAGCAAAGUACCUUUUGCUUUCCAAGAACCAAGGCAAUCUGCUUCAAGACUUCAUUUGGCAGACUGAGCGCUUCGACCCCAAGACUCUUGAUGUUCCCGGCGCCCCUGUCAACAAGGAGGUUGCUCAGCAGCAUGGCGACAAGGCGAUGCAGGGUCUGCGGACCCUCGGAACCCUGAUCAUCACCAACGGGCAAUUCCGCAAAUUGCUCAAGGAUGCUAGCGUCCUCCUUCGCGACAUGGCCGGCGAUGCCGCCACCGAGGCCGCUCAGCGUGUCCGGCCUUCGGGUGAAGCUUUGGACCAGAUAGACCGACCUGCCGAGGACAACACCUGGCAUGACGCACCUGACUUCUCCAAGGAAAACCUGAAGAAGCAGGCUCAAGGCGUCUACAAGGGCAACCCAACUGGGGAUGCUCGCGACGUCCUCAAUGCCAGCACUCAAAGUGCUCACCCUCAGGGACAGCAGAAUCCCCAAGACCUGGCUGCUACAGCUGCUCGUGACCAACAGUUGGGCACCAACUCCGGUGUCAACGCCCAGGGUGGUAUCAAUGCCGCUCGCAACGUUGUUGAGCAGAAGUACAAUGAGAACGUUGACGAAGAGACCCGCGAGAAGGCUCGUCAGCGCAACGAGGAGUAUCGCCGUCGCACCAAGGAGUACUUCAACAAGAAGAUGCCUCAGGAGAGGAAGGAACAGACCAUCUGGCGCCUGAAGAAGAUGGUGCUCGAGUGCCAGCAGCAUCCUGACUACGCUCAGGCUAUCGAGACUCUCCUCGGACUCGCUGAGGAGUACGCCGGGCACUCGCGUGCUCUUGCUCAGGGUGGAAGCAGCACUGUCAGAGACACCCGUGCUGGACUUGCUGAGGCUGAGUCGGAUCUCAAGACCUUGAUUGAGCGCUUUGCCAAUGGCACUUCUACCGAUGACUUGUUCGAGUCAAUCAACCAGAUUUACCGUGAUGCCGACCAGGACCGCGAGUUGAAGGAUUGGUUCAAGGCUAUGGACCGUUACGUCCGCCGUUGCCUUCUUGAGCAGGGCUACAUCCUGGACGAGGAUUCUAACCAAGAGUGGAACCACUUGUAUGACCAUGGUCGCUACCUCCUCCGCGAGAAGUACCGCACUCACACCGACCGUGUCUUUGAUGAGAUCAAGUUUUUGAUCGACCAGUUCGAUCAGGAUCCUCAAAACAAGCGCUUCGGUGAAGCCGUCCAGAAACUCUUCAACGACCUGGGCAACGACGAGAACGGCAAGCCCACAUUCAAGCCCCAUCUCAUCAAGGAUCUUUCCGAGGUCAUCAUUCCUUCUCUCUUUGAGAAUGUUGCUUACAUCCCCAUUCCUCGUAUCGAGUACAGCGAUCCCAAGUUUGAUGCUGUCAUUGAGAACCUUGUGCUCGAGUCCGACAACUUCAUGCCCAAUGUUCUUGAGGUUGCCAGCGAGAACCACUUCCGGUGGGGCCGCAAGAAGAUCACCAGCAAGCACAACCAAUCUUUCGAAGUCAAGGUUGCUGGUGUUCAGCUUGAUCUCCGCGACGUCAGCUACCAUGUCAAGCGCAAGCAGGGUUUCCCAUCUCUUACCGAUACUGGUGUUGCUGAUAUUCUCCUUGCUGGCGACGGCUUCUCUUUCAAGAUGAAGAUGUCUUCUGCGGAUAAAAAGGAUAGCCAGAACUUCUUCAAGAUCGACAAGGUCGACGUCGACAUUAAGCAAAUGAGCAUCAAGCUGAAGAAGUCCAACCACAAACUUCUCUUCAGUGUCGUCAAGCCAAUCAUGCUCAAGGUUCUCCGCCCCGCGUUGCAGAAGGCUGUUGAACAGGCUAUCAAGCAGCAGGCUUCUCAGCUGGACAGCUUCCUCUUCCAAGUUAAACAGGAGGCUGACCGUGCAAUUGACGAGGCCCGCUCUGACCCUGAGAGAACCCCCAACAUCUACAACCGCUAUGUCACCGCCGUCCAGAAGCGUGCCCUUCAGGGCAAGCAGAAGGCCCAGCAGGCUGUUGUUGACAAGAAGGUUAACAUGGCCAUUACCAAGGAAGAUUCUAUCUUCCCCAACAUCAACCUUCCUGGAGGCAUCAGCUCCAAGGCCACUGAAUACAAGGAGUUGGCUCGUAAGGGAGAACGCUGGGAGAGCCCUGUCUUCUCCAUCGGAAAGGCCAACAAGUCGAACGAUAUUCCUGAUGCUCCUCGUGUCGAACGCAAGAAGCAUACUCUUCGGUCCCAGCAAAACGUCGGUCCUAAUGCUUCGCUCAACGGCCACACCCACCCCAACCUGAACGGUAACCUGAAUGGCAAUUUGAACGGUAACCUCAACAACAACUUCAACGACAUUAACGGCUUCAACAAGAAUGUUAACAACGGACUUGGCGGAAACCUUAACGGCAACGUCCAACCCAACCUUAACAACAACGCCAACCCGCUGUCCAACUCCGCCCACGUCAGUGGCUACUAG